ACUGCAAGUCAAGAAAAUAUUGCAAGAAACUAUACAGUCAAACCUGUGGUUUGCAAGUAUUGGUUGGAAGGAAGAUGCACCCGAAAUCCAUGCAAGUUUUUGCAUCCAGUCAGAGCAAAAGUCGAUAAUUUGAAGUCAAAGUAUGCUUGGAAGAAUCCCAGUACUACGCUACUGGAAGUUUCGAAGAACAAAGAAAACUGUGAUUAUAAUUAUACUGCCCCAAAGAAGCAACAAAAGGUGGCGGCUAGUAAACCUAAUACUGUUGAAAGUCAAAGUAUUGAGAAGGUCAGGAAUUGCAUGGAAGGAGAAAAGUGUGAAGUGAUUAUUGCUCAAAGCAAAAGUACCGAGCCUGAAAAUUUCACGAAAGUAAAAAUUUGUGAGAAAUUGCAGUCGUGGUUUAGUGGUAAUGGGCUCUCAGUGGUGGCCAAGUUGGAAGGACAUACAAAGGCUGUUACUGGGAUUGUCUAUCCAUUUGGCUCCAAAAAGCUUUUCUGUGCUAGUAAGGAUAGAUCAUUGCGAGUUUGGGAUUGUAAUAGUGGACAGUGUGGGACUGUAAUCAACUUCGAUGACGAGUGUGGGACUUUGGUUAAAGAAGGUCCAUGGAUUUUUGCUGGCCUGCGAGAUAUGAUUAAGGCUUGGAAUCUUGAAACUCAAAGUGAAGUAGUUAUUCGAGCAAGUGGUGGACAAGUAAAUGCGAUUACUAUGUAUGAAGACAUUCUCUUUGCUGGGAUGGAGAGUGGUACCAUUUUGUCCUGGAAAUCUACAGCCCAAACAAGUUUCUCUGAAGAAGCAACAUCCUUGAAAGGCCACACUGGAGCGGUACUCUCACUCAUUAUAGGAGCUAAAAGGCUUUACUCCGGUUCUGCUGACCACACUAUACGAGUAUGGGGUUGUGAAUCCUUGAGGUGUUCACAUGUUUUGAGUGGACAUACAAGUGAUGUAACAGCAGUUCUAUGUUGGGACCAGUAUCUCUUUUCCGGUUCCUUGGACAACACUAUCAAGGUUUGGGGUGAAACUGAAAGUGGCAGCAUUGAGCAAGUUUAUAAACACGAAGUCAACAAUGGUGUUCUUGCUUUACGCGGGAUGCAUGAUGCAGAAGAAAAACCAAUCAUGCUAUGCUCAUGCAGAGACGAUGGUGUCCACUUAUAUGACUUGCCCUCGUUUUCUGAAAGGGGUAGGAUCUUUUCACAACAGGACAUUCAAGGAAUUUGUAUAGGUCCAGAAGGUCUGUUCUUUACUGGCGAUGCAGCAGGGGUGGUCACAGUAUGGAAACCAAGUGCAGAACUUGGUUGUAGAAAUGACAGACUAGAAUAAGUUUAAUUAUAGUCGCUGUAGUGACCAUGGGUAUCCAUCAAGUUGUAAAUUGGUGAACAUUUGAAUGAAUGGUGAUAAGCGAACAAGGAAGUUCCAUCUGGGGACAGCUUUGUGUAAUCACAGUAGUUAGAUUCGUUACAUGCUAUUUUUGGGAAAGAUAACCAAAGUAGCGAUCAUUUGUAAAUUGUAACUUUACAAUUAUUUGAUGAUUAGAUUCAGUUAAAAUCUUUUUGGCA